CACGUGGGACGUGGCAGUCGAUCACAUUCCUCUCAAUGGGGUGUUCUUAGGGUGGGACUAAUUCUCAUCUCGUAUUAUUCGAGUGUCUGUCACCCAGGAAGGGGUACGAGUCGUAGGGUGUGACGACGCAACGCCUCGCUUCGCGUGUGUUUAGAUUAGUUCCAGGUUUGCUUGUAAUCAAGACCGCGAAUACGAGAAUCCUAGGUCGUAAUUUCACCCACCCUAAGCAAAGCGUGUCUGUAUACUCGGUGUGUUUCAACUUUCAAUGACGCGUCACGCGUCCCACAACUCUCAGUGUUCGGAUCUCGACGUACAUAUUCACGUAACAUGCGCCUUGGUGUAGAACUUUUCUUUUGAAAUUGUUCAAGACCUUCGAGUCUACUCCGAGCUGUAAGAUCCUCAGUGUGUUCGUCGAUUUUGAUUAUCGCUUCACAGUCGAUGCGAUCUUACCUUCAUUUUUCUUCCAGCUGUUGUUUUCCUGGAGUGACAGAUUCACUGACGCGAUCAGCUGGACUGACAUCAAGAUCCAUAAGUUUAACGAGAACCAAAACUCUCAAAAAUGAAUUCUGGAAAGGAAGCUGGUCUCCGUGAGACUGGUGGGAGUUUAGAGAGAUUCACUGAAGGGGUCGAAAAUGGGGGUUCAAGGGGCUCGGAAGACGAGCUUGGUCCAGACCAAGAUGAAAAUGAUGGCGUACAGUAUGCGGAGCAUGAAUAUCCAGAGGAGAGUAGGGGCGAGUUCGAUGAAGAACUGAUAGGCGAACGCUACCCGAUGGAUGAAGAUGAAGAUGAAGAUGAAGAUGAAGAAGGAGAUUUGGAGGCUGACGAAUAUCUGGGGUAUGAAGGCGAGUUUUCGGCUCUGGACUUGGCCGCGACUUCCCAAAUGCCUGGGACAACGCGUAGCGGAAAAUCCAUCUAUGAACGAGGCUCCUUCCUUGGAUCUAUUCCAUCUUUUGUCGAGGGUGGUUCAUCCGAGUUUGAAAUGAGCAUGAAGAGGAAUUACCGAAGGUCAACUGCAUUGGGUUUCGAGGGAAUAGCUCGAAUCGACUUGUCACCCCUGACACAAAAAAUCGUCGGCUGCGUUAUCGGCGAAAACGUGACUACAGAGUAUCCAUGGAUGUAUGUGAAAAAGGAGAUAAUCGAGGACAACAUUGACUUACAUGACGAGAGCAGCGACUUCUUACCGAUCAAGGACGCUGUUACCGAGUUUCCCGGUACAAAGAUGCUGAUCGGUUACGCACCUUCGAGCAGCGAGAAGGGCCAGUUUUACGUCUGCGUUACAGAGGAAGCUCAGGAUGCGGUACUCGAGAACAUAGAGGCGCUCAGAGCGGAGCAGGAAAACCGCGUGCGUAACGCAGUUUAUAAAACUGUUCGAAAAUGGACUUCACUCGGAAGUGAGAUCGAGGUUGACAGCGAAAUUGACAAGAAGACACGUCCACUUUACGAGAUCGAGGUCGAGACGACUUCGGACCUGCUGAACCUGGAGAUGAAUUUCACGGACCGCGGGGUCGACGAUCAGAGAGACGGUUACGUGGAGCUCGUCUCUGAGAGGGAGCACUUCGAGACAGUAACUCGCAACGUCGUUGGACGUGGGGAUCAGGUGAAACCCUACUUCAAGGACGUGGAAGCUCAAACUGACCCAUCGAUGCCGAACAACAUGUGGACACAGUACGAGUACAAGUGUCCUGUUAUAGAUCCAGCCACUUUCGACGAGGAGAAAAGCACCGCGUUCACUGAUUUUGUUGAGAAGUACAAGGAGGAGGUCUGCGAUUACGUGACGGUUAACGAGAAUUGGGACGUCUACUACAAUGACUACGUUAGUCUUGUCCGUAACAAGAGGGACACUCAUCCUCCGGAAGUGAUCAAGUAUCUGGAACACCAAAGUUACUCGGCUGGGAAACUGUGCACGGAUCGUGUGAUCAACAGCCUCAAUUGGCAUCCACUCUGGACUGGAACAGUAGCUGCUGCCUACACCCAUCAUAGCAAAGUGGAAACUCUAAGUGGACCGGGAGAUAGGGACGAAGUGCGCCGGGCGUGCGAGGGCAACAACAAGGUGCUAAUAUGGUCCUUCACGGACUGCCUAACUCCCAAGUUGGUGCUCGACUCGCCACGAGAAGUGACGGCAAUCUCGUUUUGUCCGUUAGACGGUAACGUUGUGGUCGGAGGAUGUGCGAACGGCCAGGUGGCGAUUUGGGAUAUAGCCGGUAAGAUUGAGCAGGUGGAAACUGUUGAAGUCAGAACACCAGCUCAGGUUAAAUAUCGGGUCGCGAUGCAGAGUCUCAUGACGUGGAUGAACGAAACCAUGUCGUCAUCCACCAUCAGGCCAGCCGCCAUGUCGAGUCUACAGCAUGGCCAGGUCGCCCCGAUCACUGAAAUUGUGUGGCUUCCGCCGUACAACAAGCUGGAUAAAAACGGGCGGAUUCAGAGUCUCCCGGCCGACACUGAAGUCUCCGAACUGACCUGGCAGUUCGCGACAUCAAGUGAAGAUGGGACUGUUGCCAUAUGGGAUCUGAAGUACAAACCAUCUGACGUUGGUGACGGCACGGCGAGGACCAAGGUUAAGAGGCAGGUACCCCGACCAGAGCCACUGGUCCAGGCGAUUUCACCGUACAAACAGUUGGACCGAGUAUUCAAGCCGGACUACAAGCUCUCGGUGAAGAGGGACGACGUUUUGGUUCCGCUUUCCACCGUCAACGUCUACUUCACCACAUUUCCGACGAUCCAGUUGACCGAGGAGGUAUCUCGUAUGGACAUUACGACCAGGCGAUAUCACGAGCAAGUAAUCCAAAAGCCGGAUUACGAAAUGGAGCCCUUUAUGGUGGUGGGAACCACGGAGGGGGAUCUCAUGCGGAUUACGUGGGAUGGCUACGAGUUCUCCACUGGUAUGAUGGUCAAUGAUGAACCGGCCGUCAUCGCCGCAAGGAACAAAAUUCACGACGGUCCUGUCACCGUCGUUGCUAGGUCCAAAUACCUCAGCCGGAUCCUUAUCACCAUCGGUGGAAAGGUGUUUGCUCUAUGGAGGGAUGAUUGCAUGGAUCCGAUCAUUUGGCGGAAGAGCAAGAUCAAGUACACAGCCUGCUGCUGGGGUUCCUGCAGACCGACGUUGUUUCUCUUGGCACAGAGUGAUGGUACAAUUGAAGUAUGGGACCUGCUGUGUCAGAGCGAGAAGCCAACGUUUACUCAGAGCGUUUCGGGCAGGAACAUAACGGGGCUAGUCACGCACAGUCUCUACUUGAACCCUCGUUGCAUCGCCUUUUCCGACUACAAUGGCACCCUCAGAGUCUUCACAGCCCCGGACGUUUUGAUGCACUUUGACGAGAGUGACAUCAGGUGGCUGGAGCAAUUCGUUGACCGAGAAGUCGACCGCAUUAAAGAGUUCAAGGAGUGGCAGACUCGCUGGAGUGCUACCAACCUGGAGAACGUUGAGAGGAAGCGAAAACUCGCUGAAAUCGAUGCCGAGAAACAACGACUCGCCGAGGAUGAUAAAAGAAAACGGGAAAUGGAGGAGGCCGCCGUCCACAUUCGCGAAAGUCGAGCUAAGAGAAACAUACGAAGCAAUCCUGAAGAGUUUCUGGCGCAAGCUCGAGAGCGUUGGAAAGCGAUGGAGCUCCGUCGAAUGCAGAGAGUGAUACUUGACAAGAAGGGUCUUCGAAAAGACGAACUUGAGAAACAACGAGCGCCGAUGAUGAUGCUGAGGGAGGAGGUUCACCGGAAAAAGCGGAAGAUAAAGAAGAUCCUGCAGACCCAGGACAAGAUAUUCGAGGACUCGAUAGCUUUCCUGUUUCCCGAUCAGUACCGGGAGAGAAGGCCGACAGUUUCGUUGAAGCCACCGGCUGCUUCGCGCGAGAAAUCCGUACCUGAAGAGGCCGAUGAAUUGGCGCAGCUGCUGAAGGACAAGGAGGCCCAGCCGCCCAUCACCCAGUUUCAGACCCAGGAAGAAAAAUUCAUCUACGAGUUUCUCGAAACCCAAGCCGAAGCGCUUGAGAUGAUACGACGAAAUCCGUACAAGCCGACGUUCGUGUGGAGGAAAGUACUCACCGAGGGAAAGUACAGACGGAAGGUUAUGGAUCUUCAACUCACUAGGCGCAACGGACAUCGCAGGGACUACAUGCAUAUGAAAAGCAUCAAGGAAGCUGCCAGAGGCAACGCCAAGGCUGGAAUUGUUUGGUUUACCUCUGAAAUCAAACACUACGAUACCGAUGACCAGGAACAGGCUCAGGAUCAGGAUCAGGAUCAGGAUUCUAUUGGUUUGGAGGAUGAAUUUCAGGCAUCGGCUGAACAAAUUUGACUGCUUUUUGAAUACCGACAGCAGCGUACAAUAUUCCAAGUGAAAUAAUAUCUCGUUACCACUACAGAAUUAUAAACUCUUGCAUCGAAUUCCGCGUCAUAAGGCAGCUGAUUCCUAUUCAAUUCUUGGAUAAGUGCUCCUUUGAAGUCUCUGCAAGGAAGUAAAAUGUACAGCAGCAGCAGCAGCAGUAUAAUAUAGCAGCAGAAUCAGCAAAAGCAGCGGCAGCGAAGUGUUGAGCAAAAAGGAUGAAGGAGAAAAUUACCGAUAAACUUGCAAGACAAAAUCACAAGUUCUCUGGAUUGAUGUCGAAGCCCGUUACACGAUAAAGAAAAUCGAAGAAGGGUCAGGGAUAUAAAAUUCACUGAGGAAGACGAUCUGGGAAGUGGCGUGGAGGAGUCUGGCUGGUCUGGCGUUCUCACCCCUUGAUUUUCCACCCCCUGAGAGAGGGCACCGAAACGUACCAAUCUGGAAUCCCGGAACGAGAGUGGAGAUCCAAACGACUCGUCGUUAAUAGCGGAGGACGAGGCUAUAACCUUUCAGGAGUUAAUUGAGACCGAAACUGCUCCGGCGAACAGGUGGCGCCUUGAACAGCCGGAAAAAAGGCUCAGGGAUCCGGAAGUGCGUUUUGCAGUUACUCGCGACUCGCGUAUUUCGAUUAUUAAUAAGUGAAUUGUUGCUACCAAAGAAAAAGAAGAAAUAAAGAAAAAACGCGCGUGACAUCGCCUAAAGUGAGAAUGUUUGCCUAGUGAAAUACGUCGCAUUUAUUUAAUACAAUAAUCACUACUGUUUCUGUUUAACAGUUUAUCUUCCAUAAAAAAAAUGUACUAAUUUAUAUGUAAAAUUGUGUUUAAUGAUAUACACGACUUUUGUUCAUUGUCAGUGUACGAUAUUUUUAUGUAACUUGAUGGACGACCAUUGAUUAUUGUUCUAGAUUUAGUACAGUCAAAAAUGCGAUUAUUAUUGUCUUAGUUGUAUUCUGUAUUUUAUCAUGAUUAGUGGUACAAUAUGUAAGAGUAUAUGAAUUGUAAAUUAUUGUAGUCACAUGAAGUUGAUAUAAGUAUUCAUCGCAUCUUUGUAAUGUGAAAGAAUAGAGAAAGUCGAAAAACAGAAGCACUAGGACUUUGAUAAAUCACUACACUUACGAAGAUUCGAUAUUAAAGAUGCGUGUUUCGAAAUUAUUCUCGAUAUUUCUUGAGAAAAUGCCUAAAAAAAUGUAUUAUUGUUUGCGAUGAUUUGGGCGAUCAUUGUUACCCUGACUUUUUCUUCUACCAACAAAACACAUAUUCGGGAAAACAGCACAAGCCGUAUAACUUCAGACGGCAGAUAAAUCUCAUCAAAAGGACUUACAGCUUGAGAAUAUAAAAAUUGCUACGUUCUGGAUCUCCUUACUUUCACUGCAAACCUAGAUGAGAUUUUGUGCAUAUUCUUGGGAACAUAUUAUCUUGAGCAAUCAAUAAAACAAUGGAUGAAUUAGUCAAAGUCGUCAAAAUUUUCUACAUAAAUGUAAAGGGCUUGUUUACUUUUGUUGUCGGGUAGAAAAUCUUCCGUCUCGAAAUCAUUUUGUGUCAUUGUUUCUGGAUUUCUAACUGAACCACCGGAAACGCGAAAAACACAUCUAAAAGUGCCUGAGACCAACAAAAGAAAAAUUAUGAAUCAAAAAACGGAGUGAUCAAUUUAUUCAUCACUUAUUUCAAAACAGGUUACAUCAUAUACUAAUAAAAAAUACGAUAAAUAUCGUUUCCUGCAGAAUGUCAUUGUACUUGCACGCAGGCCAAAUCACAAACUGUACUGACAAACUACAAUGAAAGCUAUCUCGUAUAACAUUUUUCAUAUUCUGCUUAAGAUUAUGUAUACUGUGAAGAUAUAUAUGUAAGAUGUUAGGAGGACAUAUAUCAGAUUUGUAAUGUGAUAUUUGAUUCCUGAUGAAAAUUUCUUGUUGUCUUCCAUCACAAUAUUAGUUUGUAACUUGUAAUAAAGUACA